UCGGAAAAGAAAAUGGCUAUCUUAUACAGUGAAAAAUACGAAAGAUGAUGACAGUACCAUGUUCGCUGUAUUGCUGGUACAGACAUAUAAAGAUGCCAGAUACUCCACUAAGAAUAACCACAGAGAGGAAGAACCUCAUAUUGAUACAGUCACAGGGCUUGUUUACAGUUUGGGUCCUCCAUUUCCUUUAUUAAUGCUGAACAGUCAGCAACCGGAAAACAGUCACAACCUUCUUAUAAGAUUUCUCGAACACCGCAUGAAGAGGUCAUCUCAGCUUGUGAGCAACUUGUAUGAAAACCAAAAUCAAUUUCGUUUGAGAUUAAUAGAAACUCAGAAGGAAAAUGAUUUAUUCCGUCAGCAGCUUCACACUUAUAAGGAAGAACUGAACCAAGAGAGAAAGAGAGUGAACUUGCUGGAACCAAAAAUUUCACUCUUGAAGUCUCACAUCAGAGCUUUCCAAAAGGAUGUGGAUGAGAAAGAACUUGUGUUACACAUACUGGGGCGAAAGCUGCAUGAGAAAGACCUUGCCCUCAAGAAACUUGAGCUGGAGAAAAAUUUGAUCAAACAGAGAUAUAGCAGCCUUCUUGUUUCUGAAACUGAAGAAAUAUCACAGAAAAUGCAAAAGCAGUUGAAAAUACAGUCGGAACUCAAGAGACAUUUAGAAGUCAAGGACGAGAAAUUGAGACAAAUCAGACAUAUACUGAACAUUGCCCCUGCUGGCUCCCAUAUGGGUACAUCCAGACUGAAGAGAAGCCAUAGUUUGAGAGAUGUUGCAUUGGGAGAUGCUGCACUGGAUGUUGAUAGUGGUUCACAGAUUGAAAUACUGAGACAGCCACCGGAAAUGGGGAACUAAAACCUGG